AUGGUUGUUCAAGACUACCGAAACACUGCGUGUACGAGUUGCGUCCUCGGGGCCACCGGCGCCGAGGCCAGGAGGGGGCAAAGUGCGUUUGGAACUUGGACAUGUGCAAAUCGGGCUCUGACAUGUUCCCACAGUUCCAGGGAGGAGCAACAAGAGGCUCCUCGUGUUGACCGCGACCAUAUUUUGGCUGGAGCAUCGGCGGGAAUUUACAACGGUUCAGGGAGUCCAUCUGCGCAGUCCGUCGAGUCCCUGUUUGCCACACCUGAGUCUUCCCUUGACCGCAUACCCCCUGUUCUUAUCCCCUCAGAUUCGGGUCAAUCAUCUUUCACACCCGCUUCGUUCGUCGUGAAUUCCGAAGACACUGGAGGACUAUCACUAGACAGGGCUCUCGACCCGGAGAGAACCGUUGUUGGGGCCGACGCCCACCGCGACAAGUCCCUGGAGAACACGCCGCCAAGUGGAGCGGUGCAAGACGAUCCUAUCGAUCUCGGAAUCCUUCGUCGGCCGCCUGCGCAAUAUCUGUUUGAAGGGUUUAUGAGGCAUUUUAACUGCCUUGUGGGAUUGCUUGAUCCGCAGCUAUACACGUUUGCGUAUACAAGAGCGAGAUCUAGCUUGCUAUUCACUAUGAUUCUGACCGUCUCGUCAAGGAUCUUCCAGCCAGAAUCCCAUAUGCGUAUUCGAGAACACGCAGAGCUUUUGCUGGGCCGAGCCUUGCUCAGUUGCGACUCAGCUGUUGAGAGUAUCUGGGCAAUUAUCUGCAUGUAUCACUGGAAAGACAUCAAUGACACGAGGGGAUACAUCUUGAUCGGGUUUGCUUUACGACUGGCAGCCUCUGCUGAGUGGAAUAUGACACGACGAAGCGUUUCGUAUGACACGAAAGACCCUUUAAAUCCACACCUUUCCGAGUUAGAUUUACGGCAGAUGAGAGACAAAGAUCGAUUAUGGCUAGCCCUGGGAAAUAUAGAUCGAACAUCGAGCUACUUUACGGACCGGCCAUUAUCCAGUGCGCUAGUUAAUGAAGAAAUUGCAUCUCGCCAUUGGCUAUCCUUGACAAGGUGGACAUACCCGCUGGGAGAUGGCAAAGCCGUUGGAGGGUUCGAGUUGACCACUAUCGCUCGUCCGGUUUACGCCACUAUGAUGAAAACUCGCCAACAUCCUGCUUCCCUUUCGCCUCUUUCGCCUCAUUCUAUUCAAGACCUUCAGUCCUUUCAAAACGACAUGCGGGAUUUCAAUAGUAGGAUGACUGAGUGGGCAGAGUAUUGGCGCUCGACAUUCUUGACUUUUCCUAAUCCUGAGCCUUUCCAGACGCCCUUGAUCCAUUUUUUCCGAGAUUACAUGCGUCUCCACUUCAAUUCAGUGCUAUUGCAUCGAAUGCUCGUCGCAAACAAUGUCGCUUCUUUCGCCACUGACAUAGCUGAUGUAACUGGAGUGUGCUUCUCGAGUGCGCUCAGUGUGUUGCGACAAACGAUCAAGAUGGGUAAAAUGAACAUUCUUUAUUAUCUUUGGGAUACUGCUCAUCUUAUGGCCGCGUAUGCUGCAAUGAUGAUCCCGAAGUUGUUGAGACAGGCCAGCAAUGCCUCGGGGGUCUCAAAACGUGAAGCCCUCAAUGUACUUGCCGAGGUUACCACAAUCCUUUUGACUGCAGCCAACUCGCUAGAGAGCCCGCGUACGUCUUCUCAAGUGAGCUCAGGCACAGUUUCUGUCGAAAAUGCUCUUUCCGCCCAGGCACGUCUUCUCUCGGCCAUUCUUGCACGACUCCUGGCCGAUACCAAAGAGCAAGGGAACGAUCCAUUUUCUCAGGACACGGUCGACCCUUUACCGGCCUCGGCGCUCCCGUGGAUUCAGAACCGGUUCCUCGAUGAUACCCUUCCCCUUGGCGUUCAGCAGCCGGAGGCGGCCGGGUUCUCUGCCUCACGAUCCAACCAUUCCCAAGACAAUGCUCCAGAAGCGCCACGGAUGAAUGAGGAAUUCGAUCUGAUGCUCAACAACGACUUGAUUGAUUCCAGAUAUAUGGACGUCGGUUUCCUGUCGUGGGACGAGCCCGGUAUAUUCGUGGACCCUCACUGA